AUGAGUGAAGUUAAUAGAGUUAUAAACGGGAACAAGAAGAUAAAGACCUUAGUGUUCGAUGCCGGUCCGUUAAUUACGCAAUCUGCGUCUUCAUUACAACAACACGCCUAUAACUACUACACCACACCUGGUGUACAUAGUGAGUUGAAGGAUGAUAAUGUCAGACAGCAGUUAUUGAUCUGGGACGAUAAACUUCAAGUGAGGCAACCCAAGCCGGAGUACAUUCAAAAGGUUGUAAGUUUUGCAAAAUUGACGGGGGAUUAUGCUGUAUUAUCGACAAAUGAUUUGCAUAUCAUUGCGUUGGCGUACGAGUUAGAAUGUGAAGCAAAUAAAGGGGACUGGAGACUUAGAAAGUAUCCAGGAGAGGUAUUGGUACAUCAGACGAAGACAGGCGAGAAGGUCGAGAUAAAACAAGACGCAGAAAGUAAGGCGGAAUCUGAAAAAAUUGCAAAUAGUGAAAACGAUGAAUCAAAGCCAGCGGAAUCUGAACAAGAAGAAUCGACACAAACUGCGGAUGCGGGUAAGAAGAAGCCACGUCGUAGAGGAGGUAAGAAACAAAGAGCCAAAAGGGAAGCCCAGUUACAAAACGAAUUAGACGAAGAACAAAUGGAAGGUGAUGAAGCUGCAGCUGUUGUUUCAACUGACCCAGUUGAAGUCUCCGGCAAAGAUUCUGUUUUUUCACAAGAGUCAUUGAAGGAAGAAACAUCAGUAGAAGACGCGGGCGAGAAGUCAGACUUAGAUGAAGCUUACAAUGAAGAGGAUGACGAUGGAGACUGGAUUACACCCGAAAACUUACAGGAAGAGAUGGUAAAGGAUACUAAUGAACAGAUCCAGGAAGCAUCCUCGUCAGAGAAACUGGGCCCAUUCAUUAAAGUUGCAUUAUCUACCGGCGAUUUCGCAUGUCAAAAUGUUGCCAUGCAAAUUGGUCUUAAUCUAAUGAAUGCUAUGUCCGGUAAGCAAAUAAGAAGAGUUCGUAAUUACAUGUACCGUUGUUACGCAUGCUUCCGCUUGACACCUAUCCCUAAAAAUGGAAAACCAAAGCAUUUCUGUCCAAAGUGUGGUGGUAAUACCUUGUUGAGGUGUGCUGUCUCUAUCGAUAAUGCUACUGGUAAAGUCACUCCCCAUUUAAAAGCAAAUUUCCAGUGGUUUAAGAGAGGUGAUAGAUAUACCUUACCUUCUCCAUUGUCCAAGAAUCAACAAAGAUUGCAAGGGAAGGCUGGUUACCAGCAUAAUAAGCAAAACCGUCAUAAAACUUUACAGGAUCCUCUUAUUUUGAGAGAAGAUCAGAAAGAAUACGGUCAAGCUGUUAAGAACGAUGAAUGGCAAAGAAGACAAAAUGAUAAGAUGUUGCAACAAUGGAUUGGUGGUGGUAGUGCUGAUAACUACGUCUCUCCAUUUACUACCUUACAAAAUAUAAGACCUUCAGGCGUGAAAGUUGGAAAAGGUCGUUUCGUCAAUUCUUCAAAGGGUAAGAGAAGCUAA